AGAGAGAGAGAGCUUGUCUUUUUUUUUAAAAAAAAACACACAGCUGAAAAGGAUGGCAUCGGAGUUGGCAAUCAACAGCGCGGACCUACCCAACAGUCCCCUUGCGAUGGAAUAUGUUAAUGACUUCGAUCUGAUGAAAUUCGAAGUCAAAAAGGAGCCCGUGGAGUCGGACGGGAACCCGGGCAGUCAUUGCAACCGUGUCGGGGGCUCUCUCUCUUCCACCCCAAUGAGCACGCCCUGCAGUUCCGUGCCCCCCUCGCCCAGCUUCAGCGCUCCCAGCCCCGGGGAGCAGAAAGCGGCGCAUCUGGAGGACUUCUACUGGAUGACCAACUACCAGCAGCUCAACCCGGACGCGUUGAGCUUCACGCCGGAGGAUGCCGUGGAGGCCCUGAUCAGCAGCGCCCAUCAGAUGCAGGGCUUCGAGGGCUUCAGGUCCACCCAACAGCAGCAGCAGCAGCAGCACCAGCAGCAGCACCAGCAGCACCAGCAGCCGGGAGCGGGGCAGUACAUAGCGGCGGGUGUGACCGCCGGGGGAGCCGGGAUGGUCGGGGAAGAGCUCGGACCUCUGCCCGACGCUCCUCCACACCAUCACCACCAUCACCAUCAUCAUCACCAUCAGCAGCACCCCAACGGCGGCCAACCGAGCCUGGCCAACAGCGCCGGCCUGCACCACCAGCACCCGCACCUGAGGAGCGCCUCGGAGCGCUUCUCCGACGACCAGCUGGUGAGCAUGUCGGUGCGGGAGCUGAACCGGCAGCUGCGGGGGGUGACCAAGGAGGAGGUGAUCCGGCUCAAGCAGAAGAGGAGGACCCUGAAGAACCGGGGCUACGCGCAGUCCUGCCGCUUCAAGCGGGUCCAGCAGAGGCACAUGCUGGAGAGCGAGAAGACCCAACUGCUGCAGCAGGUCGAACACUUAAAACAGGAGAUCUCCAGACUGGUGCGGGAGAGGGACGCGUACAAGGACAAGUACGAGAAAAUCGUCACCAGUGGCUUCCGAGACUCGGGUUCCUCCAGCGACACCCCGUCCUCCCCGGAGUUCUUCAUGUGAGUUUGUGGAAUUGUAUUGCUAUUGGGGGAUCACACACUCACUCACUCACUCACUCACUCACCCACCACUCACUCACCCCCCAAAACCCACUCCACUUCCACUUGCACUCUCCCCAUCCUCCCAAUCCCCCCCCAAACCCACCGCUCUCCUCUCCUCCCAACUCCCCAAUCCAUUCCACUCC